AUGCAACCACUCGGGGAAAUUGUUAUCGAGAAUCGCAAGUAUCUCGCUUCGAGAUCUCCAGAAUACGAAGUUGAGUACACGGAUACUGAGGAGAUGGAGAGGUUGAACAGGUUACAGGAGAAGAAUUGGUAUCUAGAGUCUUUCCAGGUUGAGAGUAGGUCCCGCCUGAAGGCUGUCAUUAAAGCGUGCAUGAAUGAGUUUAAAUUUUUGUGUUGA